UGCUUAAGAAUAGAGGAAGUCGGUAAUGGUGACGGAUGAUGUGGACCUGAAUCGGUCGAGAGCAUCAGCGCGUCUUCAAGAAAGAAAGAAAGAAAAAAAACCUCUUAAAGACGGACUCACGGAUAUGAAGCGGGGUUUUUGAGAGGUGUUUGAGUUUCUCUGGACAGAGACAGAAUACACCCACAGUCCGCGAUGAUGGCAGAAUGCGAUCCCACCGACGGCGAGCCGGAGAAAGGCGGCGGAGAUUUAACACCGGAGACGAACUUUCUCACGUCAGAGGUGCCCGCGGUGUUAUUUGAAAAGACCCGGCCGGUUCCGUCACUGGGACUUUCGCUGAACCCCGGGGCAGCGGUCCGGAUCUCGGACUCGACGGAAAGCGUGCUAACGGAGCUAGAAGCGGACGGGUCGGGGGAAGAGGCGCUUCUGUUACCAGGACCUGCCGGAAAUCUCUCACCUAGGGCUGGAAGAGAAAAAAGGACGCGGAGGAACAGACAUAGCUCAUCAUCUGAUAAUCUGGCAUCUCCAGGUAAUAGCAGUGGAGAAUUCAACCAUUUCCCAGAAGACCCAGAGUUUGGAGAGAUUAUCCAGAGGGCGGAGCAGGCAAUAGAAAAUGGCGUCUUUCCUGAACGCAUCUCGCAAGGAUCCAGCGGAAGCUACUUUGUCAAGGAUCCUAAAGGGAAAAUCAUUGGUGUAUUUAAACCAAAAUCAGAGGAGCCUUAUGGUCACUUAAACCCUAAAUGGACCAAAUAUUUCCAUAAAGUCUGCUGCCCGUGCUGUUUUGGCCGUGGCUGCCUCAUUCCUAACCAAGGCUACCUCUCUGAGGCAGCUGCCUCACUCGUGGACCAAAAACUGGGUUUGGGGAUCGUACCCAAAACUAAGGUUGUAAAUUUGGCAAGCGAGACUUUUCACUAUAGUGCAAUUGACCGUGCCAAAUCCCGUGGUAAGAAAUAUGCAUUGGAGAAAGUCCCCAAAGUUGGACGGAGGUUUCACAGAGUUGGCCUUCCUCCAAAGGUGGGCUCCUUUCAGCUGUUUGUGGAGGGCUAUCAUGAAGCAGACUACUGGCUAAGGAAGUUUGAGGCAGAGCCUCUUCCAGAGAACAUGAGGAAACAGCUUCAGUUUCAGUUUGAGAGGCUGGUGGUGCUGGAUUAUGUCAUUAGAAACACAGACAGAGGGAACGAUAACUGGUUGAUCAAGUAUGAAAAGCCAGGCGAUGGAGAGCUGACAGAGAAGGAAUCUGAAUGGACUGACCCAAAAGACUCAGCCAUAAAGAUUGCAGCUAUAGAUAAUGGUUUGGCCUUCCCUUUUAAGCACCCUGAUGAGUGGAGAGCAUAUCCGUUCCACUGGGCUUGGUUGCCUCAGGCCAAAGUGCCCUUCUCCCAGGAGACCAGAGACCUUGUGCUCUCACGCAUUUCUGACAUGAACUUUGUACAGGACCUCUGUGAGGACCUUUAUGAGAUGUUCAAGACGGAUAAAGGGUUUGACAAAACCAUGUUUGAGAAACAGAUGUCCGUUAUGAGAGGACAGAUCUUAAACCUGACCCAGGCUUUGAAAGAUGGGAAGAGCCCCAUCCAGUUGGUGCAGAUGCCUCGUGUGGUGGUGGAGAGGAGCCGUGGAGGAGGCCAGGGUCGUGUGGUCCAACUGGGCAAUGCUUUUACCCAGACGUUUCACUGCAAGAGACCCUUUUUCACCUCCUGGUAAAGGGGCCUCACAGAGAGGAGGAAGACUGAGUGAAAAUGGACGAGGGUCAGAUUCAGACACUGGAUGGAGAACUUUCUGAUAAGGACUUCCUGGAUGAAUGUAGCAAAGAGAGAGACUUAAAAGACUGCACAGAGGUCUGUUGUGGAGGAUCUGAGGCCUUUUGUUUUCCUGAGCCUUUUCCCAGAAUUCUCCUCUUCAGCUCACUUUGGCUGUCAAGUUGGAAUGUCAAAAGGGAAUCGUUCUUUGAAAAUGUUGAAGUUUUGUCGUGACAGCCUUUCUCAACUGCCAAUUAUUUUGUAAGUAUAAAUAUAGAUAUUAUAAAUGAAGAAUGAUGCAUAAAAUGUAAUUUAAACUUGAAAAAAUGCUUGAAUGUAUCCUGCAAGUUUACAUUUUACACUUCUCCUGAGGACAUUUCAACACCAAGGAACACUGGUGACCGUGGUAUUUAAUAUGAUGAAUGUAUUUGCUGAUCAUGUAACAGGAUGCUGGUAACAGUAUAUACAUUGUUAAAAGUGGGUGAUUUGAAGCCCCUGGUAAAAGUAUAAUUCCAAAAGGUUUUUUUCUCUCUUUCACACAAUCCCGUGUAUGCAUCUUGGACUUUGUAUUCCAGCUGAACGGUUGCUAAAGUAGAGCUGUAUAUUAAAAAUGAAGUAAAUAAAAAAAAAAAAAAAAAUAAAGCUUUGGUAUUGGUAAAAAUA